UCCAAAACGGGCAGCUGCAUUUGAAAAGCAAAUGCAGCAAAAUAGGCGAAUGACAGGGUAUAUAAUUAGCUGGGCAGGCGACAAAAUUGAACAGUGACCAGCUAGCCAGCAGCACAUUCGCAUUCUCUCUCAGACACAAACAACAUGAAGCUGCUUAUCAUCAGCUGCCUGCUGCUGGCCUGCGGACUGUGCCGGGCCAGCGUUAUACCUGCCAGCACCGGAGUAGCCGCCAUUCAAGGGCCCGCCCUGGUGCCUGUGGCUGGGAGUCAUCAGUUUGUAGCCCGAAACUACAAUGGCUUCUAUGUGCCGACGACGGCUGCAGCUUGGCCAGCUUGGACGCCUUAUCCCAACACCUACUACAAAUACAGUGGGGGUUAUCCCACCUACAGCUAUGCUAGCUCCAGCUAUCCUUAUGGCUACUAUCCCAGCUAUAACUAUGGCUAUGGCUAUAAGAGUGUCUGACUGACAAAUUAAGGACGACAAUAAGCUCCUAGGACUUUCACGAGUGACAAGUAGAUUUUUCCAGGAUCGGACUUUAAUUAAGCCAGAAAUAGUUAUUUUGAGUUUCAAAAGGUUAAAAUUAUAAUUUGUGCUCGAUUUGUAUAAU